CGGGGAAACCCAGGAGGAGACGAGCAGCGGCGGGGGGAGGGGAGCACAAAAUGGCGGACAUACCGAGAACCCUGGCCGGAUAACAUCCAGGAGAGGACUCCGAGCCCCGGCGGAAAUCGCUUCACGGACAUAAAGACGGUAGUGGUUUCCUGACAACAUGACACUGCACCGCCCCUGACCUUACUCUUCAGCGAGGACUUUGUCUCCCAUUAUGUCAAGUUCAGGGUAUGCUCCUAACCAAGGAGCGUUCAGCAAUGAGCAGAGCCGCUACUCCACCCACCCUGUACAGUACACCUUCUCCAGCAGCCGUCACCAACAGGACUUUUCUAUUCCCGAGUACCGAAAUGCUCACUUGGAAGCUUUGCAACAACAGCAGCUUAGAAGGCGCCCGUCUUUGCUCUCUGAAUUUCAUCCUGUGUCGGACCGGCCACAGGAUAGGCGAUCAGGAUAUGAUCAGCAGUACCAUUCCGGUGGGCAGGGUGACCAUGACAUGCUGGAAUCAAAGAGACCUCGGCUGGAACACGUUGACUCUCACUACAAAGUUUCUGCUGCUUCUGUGGUUCCUCUUGUAUCAACCAUCCAGGAGGGCCUUCGAACACAAGGGGAUAUUAAAAAGGAACAAGGACUGUCUGGCAAACAUGAGGCUCCCUCACCCACCGUGGCUGGCCAACCCAAUGAUGACCAGGAUGCAUCUCCCUCCAAACUGUCUAAAGAAGAGUUAAUACAAAGUAUGGACAGAGUCGACAGAGAAAUAGCAAAAGUUGAACAACAGAUUCUGAAGCUUAAGAAAAAACAGCAACAGCUUGAAGAAGAAGCAGCCAAACCUCCAGAGCCUGAGAAGCCAGUCUCCCCUCCACCUGUGGAACAGAAACAUCGCAGCAUAGUCCAAAUCAUCUAUGAUGAGAACCGGAAAAAAGCAGAGGAAGCCCAUAAGAUUUUAGAAGGUCUAGGCCCAAAAGUAGAGCUGCCGCUUUAUAACCAGCCUUCCGACACAAAGGUUUAUCAUGAGAACAUCAAGACAAAUCAGGUGAUGAGGAAGAAGCUCAUUUUGUUUUUCAAGAGAAGAAACCAUGCAAGAAAGCAAAGGGAACAGAACAUUUGUCAACGUUAUGAUCAGCUAAUGGAGGCCUGGGAAAAAAAAGUAGACCGGAUAGAAAACAACCCAAGAAGGAAAGCCAAGGAAAGCAAAACCAGAGAAUACUAUGAGAAGCAGUUCCCGGAAAUUCGCAAACAGCGCGAGCAGCAAGAGAGGUUUCAAAGGGUUGGUCAGAGGGGAGGUGGACUGUCUGCAACCAUUGCUAGAAGCGAACAUGAGAUCUCCGAAAUCAUUGAUGGCCUUUCUGAGCAGGAGGUGACUCUGUUCUGUUCCCUGCACAAGUCAAACAGUUUGGUCUCAUCCCGGCCUGGCAGGAGACCAAACUCAGGAAGUGCGUGCGGGACAUGGCGAGGCACAGCUCUCACAGGCUUCAGUGACUUGGCGCCUGCUGGGGAACGCCCACUUUCUCCUGCCGGGAGCUCACAAAAUAAUAAUGAAAAGCAAAUGCGACAGCUAUCUGUCAUUCCGCCCAUGAUGUUCGAUGCAGAGCAGCGACGGGUGAAGUUCAUUAACAUGAAUGGCUUGAUGGAAGAUCCAAUGAAAGUUUAUAAGGAUCGUCAGUUCAUGAACGUCUGGACAGAUCACGAAAAGGAAAUAUUUAAAGAAAAAUUUGUUCAGCAUCCUAAAAACUUUGGACUAAUUUCUUCCUGUGUGGAAAGAAAGAACGUUGCAGAUUGUGUGCUGUAUUAUUAUUUAACAAAGAAGAAUGAAAACUUUAAAGCACUUGUAAGAAGAAACUAUGGCAAGAGAAGAGGUCGAAACCAGCAGACUCAGAACAUGGCCGACACUGUGGACGACAGUAAAAGAAAACAAUCUGAACUACAGAACUUCCUGCCCAACAAACAGCAACAAAUUGCACGCCCUUCCCAAGAAGAAAAGGAAACUGAAAAAAUAGAAGAGGAGAAAUCUGAAAGGAAUGAGAAAAAAGAGGAGGAGCGAAGAGAGGAAGAGGAGAAGGAAGAAAAGGAGGAGUAUAAGGAAAAUGCCAAAGAAAAAAUGGAAACUCCAGCAGAAGAUAAUGAAGAAAGGGAACAAUCAACUCCGAAGGGACGUAAAACUGCAAAUAGCCAGGGCCGAAGAAAGGGAAGGAUAACUAGAUCGAUGGCCAAUGAAGCUGCUGCCGCCGCAGCCGCCUCCACGCCGAGUUCGGCUCCUGCUGCUACUCCUCCUGCUCCACCUGCACCUGUGCCUAGUCCUCCAGGGGAAACACCGCCACCUCCAGCACCUGCACAAGAGCCAGCUUCUGCAGAGACCGUGGAGACCUCCCGUUGGACUGAAGAAGAAAUGGAAAUUGCUAAAAAAGGCUUGGUGGAACAUGGUCGGAACUGGGGGGCUAUUGCCAAGAUGGUUGGGACGAAGAGUGAAGCCCAGUGUAAAAACUUCUACUUUAACUACAAGCGGAGACACAACCUGGACAACUUGCUGCAGCAGCACAAACAGAGAUCUCCUCGAAGGCCACGAGAGGAGAGAGAUGUCUCACAGAGUGAAAGUGUGGCCUCUACUGUGUCCGCCCAGGAAGAUGAAGAAAACGAAGGCUCGAAUGAUGAGGAGAACCCAGAAGACAGCGAUGGUGGAGAAAACAGUUCAGACACUGAAAGCGCUCCAUCCCCAUCACCUGUGGAAGGGGCUAAACAAGCUGAUGAAACAUCCGACCAAACCACUUCUAUACUACCUAAAGCUGCUUCUCCUGAGCAAGACCCUUCUAGCAAACCUGCACCUUGCGCAUCUCCCUCUCCUGCUACACAAAGUGCAAAGACUCCUGAGAACACGUAUCCAGAGUUACAGGUAAAAGAAGAAAUAAACCCUGAACCUGAGGAGGCCAUGGAGGUUGGGGAGAGGAACGACUGUUCAGAACCUAAAGCAGCUCCUAGCCUUCAAAUUAAUACCAAAGUGGAACCUGUUGAGGCUGAUGUGAAGCUUCCAGAAAGUGCCCAAGUAAAAAUAGAGGAAGAUACCAAAGACAGAGAGCUGGAAAGGAGUAACGACAAACCAGAACCUGUAGAUAUGGAGUAUUCCUCCAACCAGUUGCCAACCCAUGAAAGGCCGGAUUCACAUUCUGACAACGAUUCCAGUGCCACGUGCAGUGCAGAUGAAGAAGUAGAUGGGGAGCCUGAUAGGUCAAGGGUGUACACAAUUGAACCCAAGCCGUCAAUGUUGAACCCUGCUGGAGCUAUUCUCAUGUCCUCUUCAAUGAAGCAAAGCACGUUGGAUCUACAGCAGUUGCAUCAUCGUGCUGCUGUUAUACCACCAAUGGUUUCUUGCAGCCCUGGAAAUUUAGCAACAGGAGCACCAAUCUCAGCAAACACUUACUCACUGUACCAGCGACAUUUUCAGUCUUUGCAUGAAAACAACUUGCUAGAAGAGCAAAGGCAGAGACAAGAACAGCUCAAUAUGGAGACCAGAAGAUCGGCCAGUCCAGCGAAUCUGUCCAAGAGUCCGAGUAUUGACUGGGAAGGAAAACCUGUGUAUAUGCCUUAUUCCACAGAAGUCAAGCGAGCCCUGGAGCACGAAGCUCAAAUGCAAAAUGUUGCACGGUCCAUUUCCCCAUAUAGGAUGUCUCCAAGAGAAGUUAACAAAGCUUCCCCCCAGGCAGACCUGAAUCCUGUCCGCUACUGUGUCCCUCCAGUGUUGCAACCAGCUCCCCAUCAAGUGAUCACUUCCUUAGCUGAAGGAACCAGACUCCCUGUAACACGUCCAACCCGUCCACCUCCUCCACUGAUCCCCUCCUCCAAAACCUCAGUAACCUCUUCUGACAAACCUUCUUUCAUAAUGGGGGGCUCCAUAUCACAGGGUACUCCUGGGACAUAUUUAACAUCUCUGAGCCAGCAACCCUACAGCCAAGAUCCAGUUAAACCCUCUGUAGGCUCUAUUUCUCUUGGCUUGCCAAGGCAACAGGAAUCUGCAAAAACUGGUUCUGUUACCUACAUCAAACAAGAAGAAUUCUCACCCCGUGGCCAGAGCUCACAGCCAGAAGGGCUCCUUGUUAGGGCACAGCAUGAAGGUGUUGUCAGAGGUACUGUGAGUGCAAUUCAGGAAGGGAGCAUCACUCGAGGCACUCCAGCCACUAAAGUUCCCAUGGAUGCAAUGCCCUCUUUAAGAGGGUCUAUAACUCAGGGUACUCCAGCACUGUCACAAUCUGGUAUCGCUGCCGAUGUCCUGCUAAAGACUACAAUCACACGUCUGGCCACAGAGGAUAUCAGCAGUCCAGAGAAAUGUAGGGAGGAGUCCGCUGCUAAAGGCCAUGUCAUUUAUGAGGGAAAAAGUGGGCACAUAGUUUCCUAUGAUUCUGCGAUUAAAAAUCUACGGGAUGGUACUCGGAGUCCCAGAAGUGCUCCAGAGGUGUCAUUGAAGAGAACCUAUGACGCUAUGGAAGGAAGUAUAAAACAAAACUUGUCAGUGAGAGAAUCUGCUGUAUCAGCCCCCAUGGAGGGUGAUUUCCCGAUGACUCAUUCCUUUCAAAGGAUUCAUGGAUUAAUAUGUCGUACUCUCCCUAAAGGCAGCUCACAUUCAGAUCUUAAGGAGAGGCCAGUGAUGUCUGGCUCCAUCAUGCAAGGUACCCCAAGGGCAGUGUCUGAAAACUUUGAAGAAGGGUUGAAGUAUGCAAAGCAGAUAAAACGUGAAAGCCCACCAAUAAGGUCAUUUGAAGGAGCCAUCACUAAGGGCAAACCUUACGAUGGUGUUACUACGAUCAAAGAAAUGGGACGUUCCAUUCAUGAAAUCCCUAGACAAGACCUCAUUGGCCAGGAAAGUCGCAAAACCCCAGAGAGUUCUAGGACAAUAAUAGAUGGCUCAAUAUCUCAGGGUACACCAAUAAAGCAUGAAGGUGCAUCUGGUCAGUCAGCUAUUAAACAUAAUGUAAAGUCCUUGAUCCAAGUCCUGGGUCCAAGUAAGCUAUCUCGUGGGGUACCGCAGAUGGAAAUGAUGCCAGAAAAUCUAAAAAUGGUAGAGAGGGCAAAAUAUGAAGACCCCAAAACCUCAGAUGCAAUCCGGGCACGUCACACUGUUGUCAGUUCUGGUACAUCAGUUCUUCGAUCAACUCUCCAUGAAGCCUCAAAGUCUCAGCUGAGCCCUGGAAUUUAUGAGGAUGCCAAUGCAAGGAGGACACCAGUGAACUAUCCCAGUCCUAUGUCCAGAAGUUCACCCAUGGCACGUUCAUCAGAUGGUGGACUUACUCAAGGGAAGUCUUCCAGUCAUGAGCGAAAAAGCACAUUGACCCCCACACAAAGAGAAAACAUUGUUGUGAAGUCACCAGUCCCUGGUGUAGAUCCGUCUGCUGCUCACAGUCCCUUUGAUCCACUCCUACGUGGUCCAACCCCGGGUGAAGUGUACAGAGCUCAUCUGCCACAUCUCGAUCCAAUGCAGUUUCAUAGAACAUUGGAUCCUGCUGCUGCAGCCUACUUGUUUCAAAGACAGUUGUCACCGACCCCUGGCUAUCCUAGUCAAUACCAGCUCUAUGCAAUGGAGAACACUCGUCAGACAAUCCUAAAUGACUACAUCACUUCUCAGCAGAUGCAAGUUAAUUUAAGACCGGAUGUUGGUCGAGGGCUUUCGCCAAGAGAGCAAGGUUUAGCUAUUCCAUAUCCAGGGGCACGAGGAAUUAUAGACUUAACCAACAUGCCACCUACUAUCCUGGUCCCUCAUCCUGGAGGAACUAGCACACCACCAAUGGACAGAAUUACUUACAUGCCAGGGACACAACUGGCUUUUCCUCCAAGGCCAUAUAACCCAGCUUCCAUGUCUCCAGGGCAUCCUUCACCUUUAGCAGCUGCAUCCUCUGCCAAUGCUGAGCGUGAGAGGGAGCGUGAAAGAGAGCGUGAACGGGAAAAAGAACAGCGUGAUAGAGAGCGAGAGAGAGACCGGGAAAGGGAGCGCGAGAGAAUUGCAGCAGUUGCUGCUCAAAGUGAACAUUACCUGCGGCCAAUCACAGAACAGCCUGGUAGGCCGAGUAGUCAUGGAUAUGUUCGGUCACCCUCACCAUCAGUCCGUUCCCAGGAGAAUCUGAUACAACAAAGGCCAAGUAUAUUACACGGAGCUAAUGGGAAAAGUGUUAUUACACCCUUAGAUCCUGCCACGCUAAGAAUAAUGCCACUCAAUCCUGGAGGUCCAUCUAUCACCCAAGGAAUUCCUAACACCCGCUACAGCACAGCUGCUGAUGCAUUGGCCGCCCUGGUAGAUGCUGCAGCCUCAGCUCCGCAGAUGGAAGUUAACAAGCCAAAAGAAAGCAAACAUGAGUCUUCGCGAUCAGAAGAAAAUAUAGCUCGGCGAGCAGCACUAGAGCAACAACAGAUGGAGUCUGAGCGUAGACUGGUACAAAGUCCAUACACAUCUUCAAGUUUCUCAACUAGCAAAUCCCAAGGCCAGCAAACUCCGGCUGUGUAUUCCGAAGCAGGAAAAGAUAAGGCUGCACACACUAAAUCACGAUAUGUGGAGGAGUUAAGGACGCGAGGCAAGACCACAAUUACUGCAGCCAACUUUAUUGAUGUCAUCAUAACGCAGCAGAUUGCCUCUGAUAAAGAUGGCCGCGAGCGCAGUUCGCAAAGCUCAGAUUCCUCCAGUAGCAUGUCUUCCCAUCGCUAUGAGCCCCCAAGGGACACAAUUGAAGUUAUAAGCCCAGCAAAUUCCCCAGUUCCGGUGCAGGAAAAAGAAACCUAUUCCCAGGAAGUCCCUAAAGCAAGCCAAGCAGAAGCUGAAAGUAGCCGACAGUAUGAAGGACAAGCCGGUCGCUACAGGCAACAACAGGAGUCUCCUUCCCCACAGCAGCAAGCACCUGUGCCGCAAACGCAUAGACUUAUCACCCUGGCUGAUCACAUAUGUCACAUUAUAACACAAGACUUUGCUAGGAACCAGACUACAAGCCAGUCUUCUCAGCAGCCCCCUGCAUCUACAUUCCAGAGCACUGCACCAUCAUCUGCACCCGUCCGAUCGAAGCCCUCCUCCCACAGGUUUAGUCCCGAAUCCCAAGCCCAGCCUGUGCAUCACCAGCGGCCUGCCUCAAGGGUGUCACCUGAAAACAUGCCAGACAAGCCCAGAGGAAGGCCUGGGAAGUCACCAGACAGAGGGCACAUUAAUGAGCCAUAUGAGCCUAUAUCGCCUCCACAGGCUCCUAUUAUGCAUGCAAAACAGGAUAACAUAAUGCUACUGCCACAGAGACCUGAGCCUGCUGAACAAAGGAAUGACUCCCGUUCACCAGGAAAUAUGAAUUAUCUUCCCUCCUUCUUUACUAAGUUAGAAAACACCUCCCCUAUGGUGAUGUUCAAGAAACAAGAGAUUUUUCGUAAGUUAAACUCUACUGGUGGCGGUGACUCUGACAUGGCUGCUGCUCAACCAGGAACCGAAAUCUUUAACUUGCCAGCAGUCACUACCUCAGGAGCCAUCAGCUCUCGAGGUCAUUCCUUUGCUGACCCUGCCAGUAAUCUCGGUCUCGAGGACAUUAUCCGUAAAGCUUUAAUGGGCAGUUUUGAUGACAAGUCAGAAGACCACAGUGUCCUGAUGGGUGUACAAGGCAACUCUUCAGGUUCUUCAAACAGUGAUUCCCGUAGAGAAGAAGCAAAUCCAUCACCAAAUUCAGGCGGAGGAACCAUCAAGCAAAAACUGAUAAGCAAAUCUGGCAGCCGCAAAAUGAAGUCCCCCAUUUCUGGCAGCCAGGCAUACUUGGGGGCUGAAAGGCCCUCUUCUGUCUCCUCCGUUCACUCAGAAGGAGACUACAGACAGACACCUGCAUGGGCCUGGGAAGACCGGCCUUCUUCCACAGGGUCCACCCAGUUCCCGUACAACCCGCUAACUAUGGGAAUUCUAAACAGUACUCCUCCAUCAACCAUUGCAUGUGCACCCUCCUCCAUGACGCAGUCUGCACACCAGCAGAGCAGAAUAUGGGAUCGUGAACCAGCACCUCUUCUGUCAUCACAGUAUGAAACCUUGUCGGACAGCGAUGACUGAAGACUUUGGAACUACGUAGGGUUUUGGCAAGGUCUCUGUUGACAGACUUCAAGACUUUUCCUAAGCAAAGCCACAGACUCAAAAGCAGAGGAUGAUCUGCCUGCACAUGGUAUCCUAGGGCCGUGUAAAAAAUAUAUAUAUAAAUGGAUAUCAGCCUGCUUUACCCAGGCCUGCUAUUAGCAGAAUGUAAUUUGUAAAGACCUAAUGUUCCACAUUAGUAUGUAAAGAAGUUUUAAGGAAAAAAUGUGGAUGAUCGGACAGCUACCAAUUUACAACUAUUUGUAAAGAAUACAGAACGUCUUUAAAUCAUUUUGUAAAUAUUUGCAGUGGUUUAUUAUUAUUUCCUUUGCUCUAGUAUGGUGUAUGUAUGUUUAAAUCCACGCCACGUCAUCGAGGGACUCUUAUAAAUAUAUAUAUUAUUUUUAAUUUUUUUUUUUUUUUCUGGGAUUAGGCCUGAACUUCCUAGAUGGCAAAUUGCCAGCCCUAAAUAUGUUAACUGUCCUGCACCUUAACCAAAUGGCCACGCUCCAAGAUCAGAAGAACUUGGCUAUUUUUUAUUUUACAGAAAAGAUGUUUAAGAAGAGGAAAUGAAAAAAAGGCAAUGAAAAAUGCAAUGAAGAGUUAGUUCCAUUAUUUUUGUCUUUUUCUUAACCCAUGAGGAAACCCAUCUGUUGAGUUGGAACAUUCAUACCAUUUUUCUUAGCUAUUGCCUCAUUGUUUAAGGAAAAACGUUUUUAAAAUAAUUUCUUUUAUCACACCUACCAUAUGAGCAAAGCUUUUCUGCACUAGCAAUGACCAUUGCAAAUCUGUGUGAAUUUUAGGUUGUUUUUAUCCUCUGUAGAAACAUAUUUCCCAAGAAAACUGUUAGAUUUACGUGUACAGGCCGGAUUGUCGCCACCAGUCUCAGACUGACAGAUUGGUGCAGUAGAAGAUGUUUUUGUUGUUUUUUGUUUUUUUUCCUCCCCUCCCUCACUGCUUUCAUUUAAUUCUAUACAUGACUUGUAAUAAAAAUGUUUUUGCGCAAAGAAAGAAUUGUGUUCAUUUUGG